AUGGCGACGAAAUCAUUCCCUGCUACCGUUCGUUGCCCUGCCUUUACUCAAUUAGUCAAAUUCCCGUCAUCACAAGGUCCCUCUUCCCUCCCCAAGAAUAUCGAUCUCCUCAGACGGAUCCUUACUCCGAAUCCGCAUCAUGAUCGCUCGAAAUUGGAAGCUUCAAAGCUCCAGAAUGAUGUCAAAGUCGAAGAGUUUUUGCCUCGUCUGUGGUCUGACGAGUUUUGCUCAGCAUGGAGGAAGUGGGUUCUUCCCCACGACGCGGUUUCAGUCGAGGAGAAAGGGGUAUCAGAUGGGUUUUUAAAGGAGAAGGAUAUCAAGGUUAGGGUUUUCAAGGUUGCCAGUGGUCUAUCGAAUGGUAAUGGGGAAGGCCGUGUGUUUGAAUUAAGCUAUAUAGCUAAGAUCAUGAAAUUGCCUGUUUGA